AUUUGAUCUUCCGAUCCGACAGUCAUGCACUGGAAAUUUACGGUUUUGUGCUGCUCUCGUGUUUGAUAACAACAGUGUACAAUGAUUUGACAAAUAUAUGUCAUAAAGUAUAACUUGUUAGAAGAAAAGCAGAAAAACCUCCAGCAUGAUUGGGUCUUCAAAAGUAGUACUUUUUUUGUUGCGGGAUCGAAUACUAUUGAAUGUGACAAGCUUUGGUAAACAAAAGUUUGGUCUAAGACUAGCUUACUCAACCUCUGAUGUGCUAAGCCGCCAGGCUGUUACUCUUGCAAAUAUAACAUCAGAACCUACGUUUCCACAGGGAAUACAAGGAGAUAAUGAUGCUAACCUUAAAUUAUGGUUUGAUACAUGCAACAGAUAUGGCUUGGAGAACUGUCAUGAUCAGUUACAAGGAAUUCAAUCUGGAAGAAAAACCCUUAGUCAAGUGCUUGCAGAACAAGAUGCUUUAAUACAACAGAUUGCAGAACAAUACAAAGCUGAGGCAAAAAAGCAACAAUAUGAAACAGACAGUAUCCAAGGCGUUCAAGAUAUUAAUCAUUUACCAAACAUUGACACUCCAUGCCCACAAGGUGUUCAGGGGAGUGAAUGCGCACAAUUUAAACUUUGGUUGCAGAACUGUCACAGAUUUGGCUUCCAGAACUGUUUAGAGCAGUUUCAAAGCGCAAGAACUGGACAAAAAACAUUGUCAGAUAUAUUUAAAGAGCAGGAUCAUAUUAUUCGUUCUGUUGUAUCCCAGUAUCAACAAAAACGCUCUUACAGUACUUCACCUAAAUCAAGCGACCCAAAUAGAUCAGCUACCAGUACAGCUAAUACAACAGAACCAGAAAUGUCUGAUGUUAAAGUUGUAAAACUUUCUCAAAAAGAAAGAUUUAAAAAAGCUGUAAAAGAAUAUGGUGCUACAGUUAUUGUCUUCCAUGUAGGCAUAUCUCUUAUUUCAUUAGGUGGAUUUUAUUUAGCUGUUUCAAGUGGCAUUGAUUUAGUUGGUAUUUUGACAAGAUUAGGAGUUGGAGAAAGUAUUCUGCAAUCUAAAGUGGUAUCAGGUGCUGGUACAUUUGUUGUUGCCUAUGCUGUCCAUAAGGUUUUUGCUCCAGUACGAAUUGGAAUAACAUUAACAUCAAGUCCAUUCAUUGUUCGAUAUUUGAGAAGAAUAGGAUUCUUGAAGACACCUAAAACUAUUGUUAAAUAAUCAGUAAAACGUCUUUUGAACUGGCUGAUGCAUUUUCAGUUCAUAAAAUUGACAGUAAAAUUUAUGUUGGCGAAAUGAAACUAGAUAAUUUGUGCUAACGUUUUCGCAACUGAAGUUGCUCUUCAGGCAUUUACUAUAACAUUAAUCAUAUAUAUGUAUACAAAAUAAUAAUAAUGAAUACAUGUACAUACAUAUGUGAAGGCAUUUUUGUGAAACACUUAAGAUAUAUUUUAGUUUUAAAAACCUUGGUAUUUUGUGGUGAUAGACUCUUGUAAACUUGUGCAUGCCGGGAUAACCAAAUAUAUUUAGAGUGUUAUUGGGGUGAUUAUCAAGUCAUUUCACACAAUUGAGGAAUGAAAUUUCUUACAUAAGUUACGCCGUUUAACAAGUCUAGAGUUCGUUUUGAUUUGAAAUUUCCAGUCAAGGUAAAAAGGGCUAUAUCAUCACAUGAUUAAAUUUACUCUUUACUCCUUAGUCCUUAACUGUGUUGUAAAAUCAGGGACUACCCCUUUAAUUCCUAUAGAUUGUGUUUUAUGGCAUAUUUUACCACAUAAAAUAUAACAAUAGUACAAAUCUUUGGAACAUAUGGGAAUCUAAUGCAAUUAAUUUAAUGUUUCACAAAAAUGGCUCAGGUUAAUUUAUAUAAUAAUAACUAGAACUUUGCAUGUAAGUGAGCAAUAUAAAGGUUGUUAAAGUAUAUAAUUCACAACAUAGUUAAAUAUACAUGUAUAUAACUUAGCAAAGCAUGCAUUGUCUAUAACUUGUGUAUGGUAAUAUAGUUGAUCUAAAACUGUUAAAAAUAUAUAUAAGUGAUUGGCAUAAAUAUAUUAUUAUACAGUGUAUUACAGUGACCUUAUUAACUUAAAACAGAUAUAUUUUUGAUAUGUUGAAAAAAACAAAGAAUGGCAGUGACAUUAAAAAUAAUAUGUGUCCGAUGUACUGUAUGAGUGUGAAAAAAAUAAUGUUUCAUAUUGUUUAAAUUUUAAAUCACUGUCAGUGUUAUUAUGGUAACUUUACAUUUGAAGACAACAUGUGAUGGUUAUGUUAAAAAGUUGCUUUAUAUAUGCCCAAAUUGAAAUGUCAUAAUUUGUCGUUGCCCCCUUACGUCCGUCUGGCAUCCAGAAUUGCUUGUAGACGCUCUAUAGAAAAUAAAUGGGGUUUAACGUCCGACUAUUCUGCUCUAACUGGGCUAAUGAAGACGGCAUAGGGUAUGCAGUGUGCUAUGAGGGAAAUUUUGCCCAGGCAGCGGCACUGUGGCCUACUCUUAUAUCGAAUUCCAACUGCCAAGCGAUCUUUUAUGUGCACACCAAUGUAUACAUGGGACCUCUGUUUUUUGUCUCAUCCAAAUGACUAGACAGCUGUCCUUGUCAGGCCCUCCAUCCUGCACCACUGACAAGGGGAAACCAUGUCGGAAAAUCCUGAUGAACGUUCUCAGCACUGCAGGGAUCGAACAUGCGACCUUCAUGCUAGUGAGCCAGCGUCUUACCCACUUAGCAACUGUGGCUUCGAUGCUCUAAAGGCUAAAGUUAAUAUCCCGAAUGACUUUAAAUUUAUAUACAGUGUUUAUGGUAAUGAGACGGAGAAUCCUAUUGAUUUUCACCGAUUUCCGAUAAUUACUGCCAGAGUUAUGGCCCUUGUGGACCUUCUAGAGGCUAAAGUUAAUAUCCAAUUGACUUUAAAUUUAUACAUGGUGUUAAGGUCAUCAGUUCAUGAUUUUAUAUUUAUACAAAGUGUUUAUGCCUAUAUCUAAUCGUCUUGAGACGAACAGGUAUAUGGAUUUUCAAUGAUUUUGAUAACUUGAACAGCUAAAUCCAUCAUAUCAAAUGUUUUGUAUACUAAACGUUAGCAUGGGCCAAACAAAUUCUAAUGGUUUUCUGAUAAUUACUUAAUGAGUUGUUACUUUUUAUCAGAUUUUAGUGUAUUAUAAAUGUUUCAUUACCGACAAAAGUAAAAAUAUGUGACAACUCUUGUUGACUGCUCGGACGAUUUAGCUGCCGUGGGCGUAUGUUUCAUUGCUUGGCAACCUAUCUUUACUAUUUUCCAGUAUGUAAAUCAGUGUGUAGGAAAUACAGUUAACUCUUGGGAGGGAAACUGGGCUAAAGUAUAAUUUACUGUAUGACUCCUAAAAACAUUAUAUAGGCAAGUUCUUGUAUAUACAUGUAAUAUAUAAGAAUCUCACUGUAACCUAGAUUUAAAUAUAGUCUGUAGACCCUAACAUCACAACUUUGAAAAAGUCCUAUUAAUGUUACGAUAAUUUACUCGUGCAGUAGAUGUCUGUUAUGCUUUUUGAAAUUAGAAACCUAUAAAACAAACCAAGAUAAAUAGAAUACUUUAAGAUACAAUUUAUAGUUGCAUUUUUAUAUGACAGGGAAUUCGGUAAAAAGCAAGGCGGUAUGAUUUGUCUUUUAAAAUAAAGGGGGAGCACACAUAUUUUCCUUGUAGUUUUCAUCAUUAGGUUUUUAUAUAGCUUUCAUCAGUUUGUUAGUAGAGCCUUUGCACUUCCUCAAACAAAAAUUUGAUUUUCUGCAGAUCUGUGGAACAUUAUGUAGAAAUUAGACUAUCUUGCUUCAUUUUUAGGCCUGCUGGGAGAUAAACUAUAAAAUUGCAGUUCAGAAUGGUCAAAUGACAGUGUUAAAACUUUGAGUACCAUUAUGUCUCAUUGUGCUUAGUUUACAAUAUUGGCCCUGUUGGGGGAAACAGUCAUGAAGUUGUAAAAGAAUGUUCUUUUGUACUUUAUAGAAUAUAACCUACCAUAAACUUUAAACUAAACAUUCAUAUUUUGUACGAAGUAUAGCAAAGAUAACAACAGGCCUACAGUAGCUAGUAGCUAAUUCCAAUUCGAAAACUACAAGCAUGAACCUCACUCAUAUAGCAGUUUAAUUUAUCUCCAUUGCAACUGUCAAAAUCUAACAGCCCGAAGAUCUCAAUUCCAUAAUAUCUUUUAAACCGAAUUGACCCACAUUUCUGCUAACUUGAAACCUAGAACCGAACAGGCAUGAUUUUGCUACAGCUGAAACAAAGACUUUGUGGAUUCAAAGGACCUUUAACAAAGAUUAUGCAAGAGCUAAAUCUGCCAAUUGCACGUCUUUCUUUAGGCCUGAAAUGUUAUUUAAGUUAUUAAUUAGACAUUAAUUAACUUAUCCAGACCAUAAUCAACCCUCGGUGAAAUCGCUAGCCUGCGAUAUGUUUUGGAUUAGAAUCAUAUCUGCUGCUUAACGCUCAUAGAUAAUUAAAAAAAAAAGUGGAUAAUUGAGUCUAUGUUUUUUAUCGUACCGACUUCAGUAAUGAUGAUCGAGGCUUGACUGAAAUUUUCAGCAAAUUGCCUUUACAUUAUCUAGUUUUUAACUAUUAUAGUGAGAACUGCCAGCUCUUUAUCUAAUCUCCCAUAAUGUACGGUAUCUUUAAUUUUAACAUGUGCAUAUAAUAAUAAUAAUAAAAAUAAUGUGAACGUUUGUAUGGUGCUAUUCCACACUGACUGUAUGCUCGUAGCACAUAUCUUCAAUUGCCAAUCUUUGUCUUUGGGCACAAAUUAAAGACAUCUAAAUGGAA